UAUCCUCGAAAACAAAAAAAUAAGACUAAAAGAACUAGAAGAAGAAAUAAAAGAAUUGAAAUCUCAAAAAUCUUUUUUUGAAGGAUUAUAUUUAAACCUAAUAUUCCCAGAACAUAAAGAAAAAAAGCGACCAAAAUCUAGCAAUAACGAAGAAUUAUUAGUUGAAAAUGAAGCCUUAAAAACUGAAAGGGAACAAUUACUAACUAAACAAAAAGAACUUUUAGCCGAAAUUGAACGCCUAAAAAACCCCCCUCAAACUGAUAUAACUAAUAAAGAAAGUGUUCUGAAAGACACGCCUGACGAAUUAAAAUCCUUAAUUGAAAAAGUUCCAAUUGAACAAUUAAAAACUAUUAAUGAUAUCUUUAAAAGACAAAAAGAAAACUUUAACCAACAAUUAACUAAUGGCCAAAACCAAAACAAACAAUUAACUCAACAUAAAAACGACUGA